GUUCAAAUUCUUGUCGUAGGCCGGGACGAGAGCAAAUGCGGGAACGGGAGGGGCAUCGAGAGUUCCCACAUGGGCCCAGCGUGCCACUCAGUCACUCUCAGCGGCGCUUUCGGGGGCUCGAAGGCCCGAACUUCCGUGGAGUGGCUGCGCUCGCGUGUAGUCGAUGUUAGCGUCGAUGGCGGGCUUUGGGUUGGCUAAGCGUUGCCUGAAACCUACGCCACCUCUCGUAUUCCAUGUCGAAUGUGGAAGCUCAAGAUGCAGGAACUCCAACAGGAGUGUGGGUCAUGGGGCUUUUCGAAGAACGGGAAAUCGGCGACGAGUACAAUGCGCAGCUUUGCGGAACCACGCGCCGACUCCGAGUAGAGCUGACCAUUGAGCAGGGAGACAGGCAGCUCGAAUUGAGGAGGCGAGGAUUGCUGGCGGCAGUUGGACCUCGAAUACCAAAAGAGGUCUCAUGCUUCCGCGGAGCUUGCAGAUGUGGGAACGGGGUUGUGUACUAUAAGGAGAUACUAUCGCGCAUCAUGUAUAUUUUUCGACUGUCCUUUCUGGUUGGGGAGGUGGAUAGGGUCGGCAGCUGGCGGUAUCGUCUGUGCAGGAGGAGAUGGAACGUAAAACAGUAAGGGUGAUAACGUAGAAAUGGAGAGAUGAACGAGCCCACGCGAUGGGCUGCUCUGUUUUUAUACUUCAGUAUAAUUCAAGUGAAGCCCGCAAACCUUCUCAUAAGCCCGCAUUGAGAAAUACUGCCUCAGGUGAGCCCACCUCGGCAUGAUGGCGAGGUGUAGUUAACGGCAAGACUACUCUUCGUAACACAUAUUGGCCUUUUGCCCCCGGGAAGGGGGUUCCGAGAUGAAUUACGGUCGCAUUUGAUGAAAGCGGCAUUUGGGG